UGGCGACCGAGCCACAAGCGCGGGAACCAUGCCCGGGAGGCCGGCGGGGUCCUGGGCCCUCCUCGGCCCCCUGCUCUGGAGCUGCGCGCUGGCGUUGCGGGGUGGGAUGCUGUAUCCCCGCGAGAGCCCGUCGCGGGAGCGCAAGGAGCUGGACGGCCUGUGGAGCUUCCGCGCCGACUUCUCAGCCGGCCGGCACGAGGGCUUCGAGCAGCAGUGGUACCGCCGGCCGCUGCGGGAGUCUGGCCCCGCUGUGGACAUGCCAGUUCCCUCUAGCUUCAACGACGUGAGCCAGGACGGGCAGCUGCGUAAUUUUGUUGGCUGGGUGUGGUACGAACGUGAGGUGACCCUGCCCCAGCGGUGGACCCAAGACCUGGACACGAGAGUGGUGCUGAGGAUUGGCAGUGCCCACUACUAUGCCAUUGUGUGGGUGAAUGGGGUCCACGUGACAGAGCAUGAGGGCGGCCACCUCCCCUUCGAGGCUGACAUCAGCAAGCUGGUCCAGAGUGGGCCCCUGGCCUCCUGCCGUGUCACAGUCGCUGUCAACAACACGCUUACUCCCCACACCCUGCCACCGGGUUCCAUCCUCUACAAGAGUGACCCCUCCAAGUAUCCCAAGGGUUACUUUGUCCAGGAUACGAAUUUCGACUUCUUCAAUUAUGCGGGACUGCACCGCACUGUGCUGCUGUACACCACACCCACUGCCUACAUCGACGACAUCACUGUCACCACCGAUGUGGACCAAGGCACUGGGCUGGUGAAUUACCAGAUUUCUGUCCAGGGCACCGAGCACUUCCUCCUGGAAGUGAGACUCCUGGAUAAGGAAAGCAAAGUUGUGGCCCAGGGAACAGGUGACCGGGGCCAGCUGCAGGUGCCCAGUGCCAACCUCUGGUGGCCUUACCUGAUGCAUGAGCACCCUGCAUACCUGUACUCGCUGGAGGUGAGGCUGACUGCGCAGACAGAGGCUGGUCCCAUGUCUGACUUCUACACGCUGCCCGUGGGCAUUCGUACCGUGGCUGUCACAGAGAGCCGCUUCCUCAUCAAUGGGAAACCAUUCUAUUUCCACGGCGUCAACAAGCAUGAGGAUUCAGAUAUCCGAGGGAGGGGCUUUGACUUGACAUUGCUGGUGAAGGACUUCCACCUGCUGCGCUGGCUCGGGGCCAACUCCUUCCGCACCAGCCACUACCCCUACGCUGAGGAGGUGAUGCAGCUGUGCGACCGCUAUGGGAUCGUGGUCAUUGAUGAGUGUCCCGGCGUGGGCAUCGUGCUGCCCCAGAGCUAUGGCAACGUGUCCCUGCAGCACCACCUGGAGGUGAUGGAGGAACUGGUACGCAGAGACAAGAAUCACCCGGCUGUGGUCAUGUGGUCUGUGGCCAAUGAGCCCAAGUCCUUCUUGAAGCCUGCUGGCUACUACUUCAAGACCGUGAUUGCCCACACCAAGGCCUUGGACCCCUCCCGGCCUGUGACCUUUGUGACCAACUCCAACUACACUACAGACUUGGGGGCUCCGUAUGUGGACGUGAUCUGCGUGAACAGUUACUACUCUUGGUAUCAUGACUACGGGCACUUGGAGUUGAUUCAGCUGCAGCUGGAGUCCCAGUUUGAGAGCUGGUAUGGGGCCUACCAGAAGCCCAUCAUCCAGAGCGAGUACGGAGCAGAGACGAUCGCAGGGUUUCACGAGGACCCACCACUGAUGUUCAGUGAGGAGUACCAGAGAAGCAUGCUAGAGCAAUACCACUUGGUUCUGGACCGGAAACGCAAAGAAUACGUGGUGGGAGAGCUCAUUUGGAACUUCGCUGAUUUUAUGACUAAUCAGUCCCCGCAGAGACCAAUAGGGAACAGAAAGGGGAUCUUCACUCGUCAGAGGCAGCCCAAAAGUGCAGCUUUUCUUCUGCGAGACCGGUACUGGAAGCUGGCCAACGAAACCAGGGGUGACCUCCACGGAGCAGGUGCCUGCCUGGCUGUUGAGGGUACACCUGGAAGUUUCCAGCCUGGACUCCAUGGUUCUCUGCUGCAAGGGAACUUCUGAGGUGAAAGGAAAACUUAAUCUGGAAUGGGAAUAAAGUGUUCACCACA